AUCAACCAUGAAGUUUACUGCCACCGCUCUCGGCCUCCUCGCCACCAUCACCACGACCAACGCCGCCAUGUCUGCCUGCUCCAAGAAGAUCGCUCUGGGUCUGACCAACAUCUACGAGAACGGCGACACCGCCUUCCACUACGACUACUGCGAGAACAUCCACGAUGGCCGUGGCUUCACUGCCGGUAUCGCUGGCUUCUGCACAGGCACUUCCGACGCAUGGGUCGUGCUGCAGGAGUACCACAAGAUGACCGGCGGCAAGGAUGAGUUCAGCAACGGCUCUACCAGCGGCCUGGAUGGCUACUGCUCAGUGUGGGGCAAGCUGGGCAAGUCGGACGCAAAGUUCCGCGCCGCGCAGGACAAGGUCCGUGACGAGAUGUACUUUGACCCGUCGCAGAAGCUCGCUGAUACACUUGGUGCCCAGCUUGAUGUGACCCGCGCCCAGCUGUACGAUACAACAAUCCAGCACGGCGAUGGCUCGGAUCCCGACUCGGUUGGUGCACUGAUCAAGAAGACCAGCGCGUCGUUCAAGGCCGAUGCCAAGGGCUCGUCGGGCAGCACGCUCAAGAUCAACGGCCACAAUGUCGACGAGAUCGCCUGGCUGACCAAGUUCCUGCAGGUGCGGGCGGAUGACCUGAAGAACCCGCACAACAAGGAGACGCAGAAGGAGUGGUCGGAGAGUGUCACUCGUGUCAAGUCGUACCAGUACGUGGUCGCCCAGAAGCAGUACAAGUGGAGCAACUCGAUCAAGGCUCUGGACAACGACGGCAAGGCUACCACUGUCAAGUGCUAAAAUACUUCACUGUUUAUUAUUCAAUACAUAUCCAA